ACUUGGUGGAAUUGACUCUCUUUUUGGAUGUAACGAAAUCAACCUAGAGAUUUCUUUUUAGGAAUCCAGGAAGCACAAAACGAUGCAAAAAUGGCUACUGGAGGAUUGUUGGGUGCAGAAAACUUCCGCCGGUUCACUCCGGAGUCUUUGGCCACCAUCAAGAAAUGUAUCAUGGCCAAGAGAGAUUUGCCACCAUCAGAGAAACUGAGGCCUCAGCUUGAUCUUCAGGCUUGCCAGAAAGUCCCUGCCCUUUAUGGAAACCCUCCUGUGGAACUUAUUGGAGAACCCUUGGAAGACCUUGACCCCUAUUAUCACGAUCACAAGACAUUUAUGGUCUUGAACAAAGGAAAAACAAUCUUUCGAUUUACUGCCACAAAUGCUUUAUACAUCUUGAGUCCUUUCCACCGAAUCAGGCAGAUGACAAUUAAAGUUUUAAUUCAUUCAUUGUUUACUUGGUUUAUCAUGCUCACUAUUUUAACUAAUUGCGUGUUCAUGGCUCUUUCGGAUUCAUCACAAACAAACAGCAAAGAUAACUCUUCAAGCAAAUAUGUUGAGUAUACGUUCACUGGCAUUUAUACUUUUGAAUGUCUAAUCAAGAUUCUGGCAAGAGGGUUCUGUUUGAAUGAGUUCACUUUCCUCCGAGACCCGUGGAACUGGCUGGAUUUCAGUGUCAUUCUAAUGGCGUAUAUAGGAGACUUUAUUGACCUGGGAAACGUCUCUGUUCUUCGGAUGUUCCGAGUAUUGAGAGCCUUGAAAACAAUUUCCAUUGUCCCAGGACUGAAGGUCAUUGUGGGAGCUUUGAUUCAGUCAGUGAAGAAACUCACAGAUGUGAUGAUUUUGACCGUUUUCUGCUUGAGCGUCUUUGCCCUCAUUGGCCUCCAACUCUUCAAGGGACACCUGAAGCAGAAAUGUGUCAGGAACUAUACGGAAUUUAUCAAUCAGAGCAUAAGUAACAUUUCCUAUGAGAUUUUCACCAACAAUGAAGAAAAUUACCAACUGAAAAAUGGCACUGAAGACUUUUUGCUGUGUCGCAAUGGCUCAGAUGGAGGCUCCUGUCCACCACAAUAUGUGUGUCUGAAAGUCGGAGAAAAUCCUGAUUAUGGUUUCACCAGCUUUGAUACUUUCGGCUGGGCUUUUCUUUCCUUAUUUCGCCUCAUGACACAAGACUACUGGGAACGGCUCUACCAACAGACACUAAGAGCGUCUGGGAAGAUCUACAUGCUGUUUUUCGUGCUGGUCAUUUUUCUGGGCUCGUUUUAUCUGGUCAACCUAAUCUUAGCUGUGGUUACCAUGGCUUAUGAAGAACAGAGCAAAGCCACCAUUGCUGAAACAGAGGAUCGAACUCCUGGCUCCAUGCUGGUUUCUUUUGAGAGCUUAUACACCUAUGGCAAUAGACAACGGGCAGCAAGUGUAGCCAGCAUUAUCACCAGCGCCAUUGAAGAGAUGGAAGAAUCAGAUCGAAAAUGGCCUCGCUUCUUGAAUAAGUUAGCCCGCAAGUAUCUUAUCUGGAACUGUUGCCCUCUGUGGCAGAAAAUAAAGAAGAAAGUGGGUGUGAUUGUAAUGGACCCCUUUACCGAUCUCAUCAUCACACUUUGCAUUGUGAUGAACACUCUUUUUAUGGCUUUGGACCACUACAAAAUGACCCCCCAGUUUGAGCAAGCUCUUUCGAGUGGUAACAUGAUUUUCACAGCAAUUUUCACAGCAGAAAUGAUCCUGAAAAUCAUUGCCAUGGACCCUUACCAUUAUUUUCAGCAGCGCUCAAACAUCUUUGACAGCGUGAUUGUCCUGAUCAGCAUAGUUGAGCUCAGCACCUCCAGCGAGACCAAAGAGGACAGAAAAGGAAAAAAAGGCGGGAAAAAGGGCAGCUUUUCUGUGCUGCGAACCUUGAGGCUGAUGAGAGUCUUCAAGCUGGCAAAGUCUUGGCCCACCUUAAACACCCUCAUAAAAAUCAUCUUAAAUUCAGUGGAUGCUCUGGGCAACCUCACCCUGGUCCUGGCCAUUAUCGUCUUUAUUUUUGCUGUAUUUGGGAUGCAACUGUUUGGGAACUAUUAUAAAAUGUUUUGCAAGAAGUUAGAUCCCACUUGCAAAGUACGCUGGCACAUGGAAGAUUUUUUCCAUUCUUUUCUCAUUAUCUUCCGAAUCUUGUGUGGCGAAUGGAUUGAGACCAUGUGGCACUGCAUGGUGGUAGCUGAGCAGUCGCUGUGCCUGCUGGUCUUCGUGCUGGUGAUGGUGAUUGGGAAUUUAGUGGUUCUCAAUCUGUUCAUUGCCCUUCUGCUGAAUUCCUUCAGUACCGAUAACCUCACUCAGCUCCCAGAAGAGGACAGGGAGACCAACAACUUGAAGAUUGCCUUUGCUAGGAUCCACAGAGGACUUCAUGUUGCAAAACAAGCUGUAUUGACCAUUUUCUUCCGAGUUUUGGGGUGGAAGAGGAAAGCAGCCACCAAGAAAGUAAAAUGUGACUUGGAGAAAAAUGAGGUAGAAUUGAGAAGCAACGUCCAUAAUUCCAAAGAUGGUCACAGCAGCCCCUGGGCAAGUGAGAAGAGCAACCAAGAUGACUUUAUCUCCAAUCCCAGCGUGCUUAUCUGUGUUCCGAUUGCUCACGUGGAAACUGAUAGCGACAUCUCAGAAGAUCUGGGCUCGGUCAUGGAGACAGAGUGUACAAAGCAGCAAGAAAACCAGUUGCGCUUGAGGGGAGAAAAGGCCAAAAGCUGCGAAGUCUGGAACCGGAUGUCAGAAAUUUCUAUUCCCAAAGGGAAAGUCAGAUCCUCGCUGUCUAAGGAAAAAGAGAUUGCAGACUCUACCAGCUGUUCAGAAGGCAGCACUGUGGAUCUGAUAGACCCAGAUGACUUCCUGAAGAACAUCUUCGAGCUUGAUGAGGAUUUCAAGCAGCCAGGCAAUUGUUUCCCAGAAAGAUGCGUUCACCGUUAUCCUUGGUGUUCAGUGAAUACUACUAAGUUUCCAGGGAAAACCUGGUGGAAUUUAAGAAAGACAUGUUACCAAAUUGUGGAACACAACUGGUUUGAAAGCUUCAUUGUGUUCAUGAUUUUGCUGAGUAGUGGAGCGCUGGCAUUUGAAGACAUUUACUUGAGCAAAAGACAGAAUAUUAAAACCAUGCUGGACUAUGCUGACAAAAUCUUCACCUACAUAUUUGUCUUAGAGAUGCUGCUGAAAUGGGUGGCUUAUGGAUUCCAGAAAUACUUCACCAACGCUUGGUGCUGGCUUGAUUUUUUGAUUGUAGAUAUCUCCUUGAUAACUCUUAUAGCACCUUUGCUUGGAAAAUCAGAUGUGAGCUCCAUGAAAUCUCUCCGUACGUUGCGAGCUUUGCGACCACUAAGAGCCUUGUCUCGAUUUGAAGGGAUGCGGGUGGUGGUCAAUGCCUUGCUUGGAGCCAUUCCUUCCAUUAUGAAUGUGCUGCUUGUCUGCCUGAUUUUUUGGCUCAUCUUUAGCAUUGUUGGAGUCAGCCUAUUUGCUGGAAAAUUUGGAAAAUGCAUUAAUCGGACCGAAAUAAAUAGCUUUAUCAAUGAAAGUAUUAUUUUUCGGAAGUCAGACUGCAAGAAUAAAAACAGUACCGGACAACUGUAUUGGACCACGGUUAAAGUGAACUUUGAUAACGUUGGCUUAGGCUAUUUGGCUCUUCUUCAAGUGGCAACUUUUAAAGGUUGGAUGGACAUAAUGUAUGCAGCAGUUGAUUCAACAGGAGUUGAGCGUCAGCCAAAAUGGGAGUACAGCAAAUAUAUGUACAUCUACUUUGUGAUUUUCAUCAUCUUUGGCUCUUUUUUCACUCUGAAUCUUUUUGUGGGGGUCAUUAUUGACAAUUUUAAUCAACAAAAGAAAAAGUUUGGUGGACAAGACAUCUUUAUGACAGAAGAACAAAAGAAGUACUAUAAUGCUAUGAAAAAACUGGGAUCAAAGAAGCCUCAAAAGCCUAUACCAAGGCCAACGAACAAGUACCAAGGCUUCCUUUUUGAUAUUGUGACUCACCAAGUGUUCGAUAUUGCCAUCAUGACUCUCAUCUGCCUUAAUAUGGUCACAAUGAUGGUGGAGGCGGACGACCAGUCUCAGGAGAAGAUCUAUGUGCUGAACAAGAUUAACAUCCUCUUUAUCACUCUGUUCACAACUGAGUGUGUCAUGAAGCUGGUGGCCUUGAGACAUUACUAUUUUAUCAAUGGAUGGAAUAUUUUUGAUCUGGUGGUUGUGAUCAUGUCAAUUGUAGGUAACGUACUGUCUGGGAUUGUCGUCUCUUUCUCGCCCACGCUUUUCCGGGUGAUCCGUUUAGUACGGAUAGGACGAAUCCUUCGGCUUAUUCGAUCUGCUCGAGGAAUCCGGACCCUCCUUUUUGCCCUGAUGAUGUCUCUCCCUGCUCUGUUCAACAUUGGCCUCCUGCUUUUUCUGGUGAUGUUCAUUUACGCCAUUUUUGGCAUGGCCAACUUCGCGUAUGUUGUCAGAGAAGCUGGGAUUGAUGACCUGUUUAACUUUGAAACCUUUGGGAACAGCAUGCUCUGCCUCUUCCAGAUCACGACCUCUGCUGGCUGGGAUGGGCUCCUCAGCCCCAUUUUGAACACCGGGCCGCCAUUUUGUAACCCAAAGCUCAACGUUCCUUCGACGUCUUCUAAAGGAGAUUGUGGAAACCCUGCCAUGGGGAUCAUCUUCUUCGUGACUUACAUCAUUAUAUCUUUCCUCAUUGUGGUGAACAUGUACAUCGCUAUCAUUCUGGAGAACUUCAACGUGGCCACAGAAGAAAGCACUGAGCCUUUAGGGGACGAUGACUUUGAAAUGUUUUACGAGGUAUGGGAGAAGUUUGACCCCAAGGCAACCCAGUUCAUUUCAUAUUCUGAGCUGUCUGACUUUGCACACGCCUUAGUGGAUCCCUUGCGCAUCCCUAAGCCAAACAGCCUUGAGUUGAUCGCAAUGGAUCUGCCCAUGGUCAGUGGAGACAGAAUCCAUUGCUUGGACAUUCUCUUUGCUUUCACCAAAAGGGUUCUGGGGGACUCUGGACAGAUGGACAUACUCAAGCAACAGAUGGAGGAAAAGUUCAUGGCUGCUAACCCAUCCAGGGCUUCCCACGAACCAAUCACCACCACCCUCCGACGUAAAUAUGAGGACGCUUCAGCUAUCAUAAUCCAGAAAGCCUUUCGAAGUCAUUUGCUUCAACGUUCCCUGAAGCAAGCCUCCUUCUUACACCGUCACCAAAACUCUGAUGGUGACAUCCUGGAAAAGGGAGGCCUCGUUGCCCUUUUGAUGAAUGAAACUUAUAUCCGACACCUGGAAGAGUCUCAAACACCAUCCUUGGAGUCUAUCCCUCCCUCUUACCAUAGUGUGGCAGGAGACCAGGAGGGUGAUGGUGAAGACCACGAGGGAGGGAGUGAACAGAAAACUGCAGACUCUUCUAAGAGUGACAGGCUUAGAGUGGGUCAGUUGUUUCCUGACAAAGACAAGAAAUCCAAUGUUUAAAGAAGGACCCCUGAGCAUAGUAUUAAAAUUAAGAUAAGGUGGAACACAUACUGAGAAGAACUCUUAGUUAUCUUAGUUAUCUAAGAGUUGUUUAUCUAACAUUAAAACAUUUAAUAUUUUUGACCAUAUUAGGUUUCUUGAAGUAUGAGAGCAAGAUGUUACAAACCGUAUUUCUAAUUGAUCUAUCGGGAAUCUGGUGGUCAAACUGAGAUUAUAAUUUCCUGGCUACCACUGAACUAAAAUUCAGCUUUUUAGUUCAGUUCAGCAUGGAUCAGGCUGGCAAUCAUAGAACUUUCUCAAAUGUUUUAAUUUCUGAUCAGCUUCCGACUCAUAGUUAUGACUCUCUGGAACCCCUAACCAAGGAACAGUUCUGAUACAGAAAGACACAAGCUAUGACUAUCAUAACCACCUUUGGACACCUGAGUUCUACACAGUUUUGAAUGUAUAGUUCCCCAUACUUUUUUUGUCUCCGUGAAAAAAAAAAUCUCUACGCCAAGUCUUUUGACAACAAGAAAACUUCUCAAUUCUCAGUGUUCUUCUUUUGCAUCUAUUUCUGGUAACUAUGUGGUAAGAUGGACGUCUAAUGAAUUCUGCCAAUAAAAUAAAUAAAUUUGGGAAAAGGCACACUUAUGAAAGAGAAAUCUCCAGGAAGACAACCAAAGUCAGCCAGAUUACUGCCCUGGAAGGCUUUUAUCUCAGAAUGAGUCUAAAAGAGUAAUCUUUUGAACUGAAAUGAAAUAAUUUUGAAUGGAGUCAGCAAAGGACAGACAGACUUGCCAUUAACAGACCCUCAUUUACUGGUUAUACAACACUGCAGCCUAAUUGUUGAUUUAAAAUUGAUAUGUAAAAUGCUGUCAUUAUUAUUGCUGCUCUGAUCAUUUUCAUUUUAUAUGGGUAAUAAAAUGUAACGGCUCUUUACAGAACAGCAAAUAUCAAUCAAUGAUAAUUAACUUCCCCAGGCACAUUUUAAUUUUAGUGUUUUCCUUUUAUGACCAAUAUAGAUUGCAUGGUUUUACUGACAGGAUACUUCUACUGAAGUAUGACAAAUGUCAUAAAUGACAAAUAUCCAGGCUAAUAUGGCAAACAUAUGUUAAA